CCUCGUUAUUAUGGCAAUUUCCCACUCUCUUUUGAAUUUCACGUGAUUUACGAGUUUGGUUUGAAUCCUUUUUAUUGUUUAAUAUACAACAAUGCUUUAUUUACAGCUAAACUGUACUGUACUGUUUCCGGUAUUAAUGUUGUUAGAACUGGCAAUUUGACAUGUAUCCCCAGUGUAUGACUUCUGACACUCCUCUCUCAGCAUGGAAAACACGCUUCAGUCCAGUCUUUACGUCUAGAGAAACUUCCUACAACUUAAACUUCGCAUUAUGAAUUCCUCUACAAACAGUUUGGAUGAUGUAUCAGCAGACAGCAGUGCUGAGUUCGGAGACAGAGCAUCCAUGAUGGAGGUGCGUCUGCAGGCACAGGAAGAUGAGAUCACGCUGCUGAAAUCCUCAUUGGCUGAUGCCCUGCGCAGGAUCCGCCUCCAUGAUCAGCUCCUGCCAUUACUGAAACAGCAACUCAUCGCAGUUAACCCGGGUGCUGCACGGGUGCUGAAUCAAGUGUGCUGCUCAGAUGGUUGUACCAGCAUCAGAAAACUGUCCUCCAGCUCAGCCGUCGAUGGGAUCCGCCAUGCUGCUACCAGCCAACUGUCAGACAGCAUUGUGACCAAUGCCAAUGGCCACAUAGGAAACCCAAUGUCCACAGAGCCCAGACUCAGACCAGCAACACUGGACAGGUCAACCCAGACAGAUCCCAUCCUCCCAGGGCAGGACGGUGGGGAGGACAGGGUCCCUCUUCCCACAUGUGUCCAGAGCCUGAACCUUGAGGAUGCCCUCCUUCCAGGCCAGCCUGUCGAGGGGACCCGGGCUAAGCUCCACCGAGUCCCUGGUAUGGAAGAGGAGGAUGAGGAGCAGGAUGAAGAUGAAGAAGGAGCAGGGGAGCAAGAAAAGGAGCUGAGUUGGACGUCAUCAGUCGAGGAGCCCAUCCAGCCAACCACAAUCAGAGGCAUCCAGAGGGAGGACUUCCAGGAUGGAAGCGGCUCUCUGGAGGAGCCGGGCUCUGCCUCGGGCUCAGUCAGAACCUUAGACCAGAACCUCAGCUCCCGCUGCGGAUCCCUGGCCCCCAUCCAGGAAGUACAGAAGUUGCCUCUGGUUCGUAGGAACAGCGAGAAACUGGGGAACCCAGAGAGGCAGAGGAAACGUCUGGAUAAGAAGGCGGCGUCCUCGGCCAACCUCCUCACCCGCUCCCCCAGCUUGGAAAACCGAGCUAAGGAGCUGAUUGCCAGUGCAGGGUCCCCUGGGUCCAGAAGAGGAACCUACAGCCAAGGACAGUCAAUCAAAAUGUUCAUCCGAGGCCGGCCGAUAACCAUGUACAUCCCCUCUAACAUCCAGAACUAUGAAGACCUGAAGAUGGAGCCGCCCUCAGAGAGACUGGAGCUGGACUGGGUCUAUGGUUACCGGGGACGGGACUGCCGGGCCAAUUUGUACUUCCUUCCUACGGGUGAAGCAGUGUACUUCAUUGCCUGUGUCAUUGUGCUUUACCACAUCAACAACCGUGCACAACGCCACUAUCGCAAACACACAGACUGUGUCCGCUGUCUUACCCUACAUCCUGACAAAGUGCGAGUGGCAUCUGGACAGACAGCUGGGGUGGAUAAAGACGGAAAGCCCCUGCAGCCUUGUGUUCACAUCUGGGACUCCACCUCCCUGGUCACACUGCAGCAGAUCGGCCUGGGAACCUUCCAGAGGGGAGUGGGAUCAGUUGCAUUUUCUUUUGCUGACUCUGGAGCGUUCCUGUGUGUGAUCGAUGACUCUAAUGAACACAUGCUGUCAGUAUGGGACUGCAACAAGGGGACCAAGCAUGCAGAGGUCAAGAGUACCAACGAGGCGGUGUUUGCUGUGGAGUUUAACCCAAGCGACAGUACCAAUAUCAUCACCUGUGGUAAAUCCCACGUCUACUUCUGGACACUCAGUGCAGGACAGUUCACAAAGAAGCAAGGCAUCUUUGGAAAAUACAAGAAGCCCAAGUUUAUCCAGUGCUUUGUGUUCAGUCUCACUGGAGAUGUUCUUACUGGAGACUCUGAAGGAAACAUCCUGACAUGGGGAAAAUCAGCUGCAGAUAUCAAAACUCUGGGUAAAGGAGCCAAAGAGACCUUCCAGAUAAUGCGUCAAACCAGAGCCCAUGAAGGCAGCGUGUUCACACUGUGCACACUGCAGGGCGGUGCUCUGCUUAGUGGAGGAGGGAAAGACCGCAAGAUCAUCCGCUGGAGCGCCGACCUGGCACCUGAGAGAGAGUGUGAGAUUCCAGAAAAGUUUGGGGCAGUCCGCACCAUUGCUGAUGUGGAUGGGGAGGAACUACUAGUUGGUACGACCCGUAAUGCAAUCCUUAGAGGCACCUUCACAGAUGGAUUUGUGGCCAUAGUGCAGGGUCAUGUAGAUGAGAUGUGGGGACUGGCCACACACCCCUCUCAGAACAUCUUCCUCACCUGUGGUCACGACAGGCAGGUGUGUUUGUGGAACACAGAGGAACAUAAGCUGGACUGGUGCAUCAGCCUGGAGGAGUAUGGUUUGUGUGCUGAUUUCUGCCCUAAUGGAUCAGUGGUUUCAGUCGGUCUCAGCACAGGAAGGUGGAUGGUCCUUGACCUACUCACCAGAGACGUUGUCUCUGAAUCCAUUGAUGGGAAUGAGCAGCUGUCUGUCAUGAGAUACUCACCAGAUGGCAGCUUUUUAGCAGUUGGAUCUCAUGACAACUUCAUCUACAUCUACAAUGUGACAGAGAUUGGCCGGCGUUACACCCGCUUCGGGAAAUGUAAUGGUCACUCCAGCUUCAUAACUCACCUGGAUUGGUCCAAAGAUGGGAAAUAUAUUAUGUCUAAUUCUGGCGACUAUGAGAUCCUUUACUGGGACAUUGCAGCAGGGUGUAAACUGUUGAGGAAUCGCUUUGACAGCAAAGACAGAGCUUGGGCCUCCUAUACCUGUGUGCUGGGCUUCCAUGUCAUGGGUGUGUGGUUAGAGGGCUCUGAUGGCACAGACAUCAAUGCCCUGUGUCGUUCUCACAGUGAAAGGGUGGUGGCUGUGGCUGAUGACUUCUGUAAGGUCCACCUCUUCCAGUACCCCUGUCCUAAACCAAAGGCACCGAGCCACAAGUAUGACGGCCACGGCAGCCACGUCACCAAUGUCUGCUUCACCCACAGCGACUCCCAUCUGCUCUCCAUGGGCGGGAAGGACACUUGCAUCCUUCAGUGGAAGGUGAUCGGAGGCGGGGUGGUCGACAGCAGGGAGAGACUGACCUCCGCCUCAUCCACCUCCACCAGCUCUCCAGAACCUGCCACCAGCUAGGAAGAACUCGUGUUAUUAAGACUAACAGAGAGGGAAGUGUUUACACAUAGAUAGAGAGGUGUGUUAGUCAGUGGACGGCAGCCAAAGCUAUCUGCUCAUUUUGGCCUCUGUUGUGUCACUGCUGUGAUAGUUUCAUACAGGACAUGUAGAGGAAUUCUCUUCUGGAGGAACGGCCAUAUUAAUUUUACACAUACAUCUCCAUAAUCAUGUAAAUCCUUGUGAAACUGGACAGUGUGGUACUUUCCAUAUUACAGAUUAUUUGUCAUUCUGUUGGAUAUGAGAUGCGGAUCAUAGCAAUUAGUCAUGUAUGUUUGCUGGUACAGAACAUGACUUGACUUCUGUGAUGACAAAGACUUUGGUUUCAGUGAACAUUCCUGUGUUUUAGUCCAUCUUGCUUACCUGACUUUACCAGAGUGCUGCAUUGUGGCAUACGCCAUCGUGCCUAUAAAGGCGUUUGCAUAAUGUUUUUACAUUAUUAUAGUAUUUUAAACAGUGUUUGGUUGACAGCUAAUGUUGAAGUCGUUUUUGUGCUUGCAUUAGACACUGUGACAAACCUGUUAUGAUGAAAUCAACUCUCAGCUUUUCUGACUAAUUAAUUUCUCUAACAGUUGAUAAGUACACUUGAACGUGAUUACUUUAGUACAGUUUUAUAUAUAUUUAAAAGAACAUUGGGAUAGUGUGAUGAUGUACCUGACAAGCUCCCAAUAAAGCCUGGAAAGUG